GUCAUUCAGAAAAGGGGGCCGUCUCCUAUGUGAAAAAGAAUAUAAAUUGGGAAUGUGAAAAUUAAGCAUUUAAGUUGGUAGUGGAUCGACGACAACAUUAUAAUUACAAGUGUAGUAAAACAUAAGAAAAUGAGUAAAUUUAAGAAGAAACUUGCUAAGACCCUAUGCCAAAGCAACAUACUGAAAGUGGCCGAGAGAUGUUAACGAAACACGGUGAGAAAUAACAGGUUCGCACAGUGAAGGUCAAUAAAACCAUAAUCUAACGAAAUACACCAGAAGUCUUAGAAUAUAUAUUAAACAAAGAAGACUGCAACUCCUGGUGAUAGAAAAAAACAAGUGCAAAAAAUCACAUUUCCCCCAAAACAAACAAACAAAAUGCCAAAAAUCAAGAGAACUUCUCAAUGCUUCCUAAACACAACAAGUGGAGUAACAACUAACAUAUCAUCGUUAAAUAAACCCAAAAAUAUGACGUUUUCGCUAUCACUAAUAUUGGCCUUGUGCCUUUUUACCGUUCUGGCAAGCAGCGAUUCAAUUCCCACCCAGAAUAUGUCAAACAAGGAACGUGAAGCUUUAAGAGAGGAAUCCAGAGAUAUGUUUUAUCAUGCCUACCAUGCUUAUAUGGAUAAUGCAUAUCCUGCUGAUGAACUAAUGCCGUUAUCGUGCAAGGGCAGAUAUCGAGGUGUGACUCCAUCACGUGGUGAUAUGGACGACAUACUGGGAAAUUUUUCUAUGACCUUAGUGGAUACUCUGGAUACAUUAGUUAUUCUUGGUGAUUUUGCUGAAUUUGAGCAUGCUGUCAAAUUGGUGAUACGUGAUGUACAAUUUGACAGUGACAUAAUUGUAUCAGUCUUCGAGACCAACAUUCGUAUGAUGGGUGGUUUGUUGUCAGCACAUAUAUUAGCCGAAUAUAUACGUAAAAAUGCUCAGGUAAUGCCCUGGUAUAAGGGUGAGCUUUUGGAAAUGGCCCGUGAUUUAGGGUAUCGCCUAUUGCCUGCAUUUAAUACAUCAACAGGCAUACCACAUGCCAGAGUUAAUUUGCGGUACGGCAUGAAGGAUGAACUCUUAAAAAAAUCCCGAGAAACUUGUACAGCUUGUGCGGGGACAAUUCUAUUGGAAUUUGCAGCUUUGUCAAGAUUAACAGGCGAUCCUAUAUUCGAGGCUCGUGCUCAUGCUGCCAUGGAUGCUUUGUGGAAACUGCGCCACCGAGGGUCCGACUUAAUGGGUACCGUUUUGAAUGUUCAUUCCGGUGAUUGGGUGCGUCGUGAUUCUGGUGUCGGUGCUGGCAUUGAUUCCUAUUACGAAUAUCUCUUCAAAUCUUACGUGCUAUUGGGCGACGACAAAUAUUUGGCCCGAUUUAAUCGCCAUUAUAAUGCAGUUAUGAAAUAUGUCAGCGAAGGUCCUAUGCUGUUGGAUGUUCUCAUGCAUCGUCCACAUGCAAAGUCUCGUAAUUUCAUGGAUGCUCUUCUCGCUUUUUGGCCCGGCCUACAAGUCUUGUCGGGUGAUUUGAAACCCGCUGUGCAAACUCAUGAGAUGCUCUAUCAGGUUAUGCAAAUGCAUACUUUCAUACCAGAAGCCUUUACCAUUGAUUUCCAAAUACACUGGGGCCAACACCAUUUACGCCCCGAGUUUAUAGAGUCUACUUACUUCUUAUAUCGUGCUACCGGUGAUCACCACUACUUGCAGGUUGGCAAAAAGGCUCUUAAAGCAUUGCAGCAGUACGCCAAAGUCCCCUGUGGCUAUGCUGCGGUAAAUGAUGUGCGCACUGGAAAACACGAAGAUCGCAUGGAUUCGUUUGUUCUAUCGGAAACAUUUAAAUACUUGUAUCUAUUGUUUACAGAACCUCAAGAUUUAAUUUUGAAUAUUGACGAGUUUGUGUUCACCACCGAAGCCCAUUUACUGCCACUUUCUUUGGCCCAAUUGGGCAACUCCACAUAUAACUUCCGACAAUCCGAGGAGCAUAACGUGUUAGACUUUAUGCGCACAUGUCCCUCAUCGAACAAGCUUUUUCCUGAGAAAGUACGCAAGCCUUUACGCAACUUCAUUACCGGCUCGUGCCCGCGCACGCCUGCAACAAAACGUUUACGAGCCCUGGACUUUCAAGCAAGCAAUGCAGAUCAUUUACGAGCUGUAUACGACAUGGGUAUCACAAUGGUUUCGUUAGGCGAUGGCAAGGUGCGACUGUUUCAUAGUUUUUAUAAUGCAAAAUCUCCUGAAGAAGGGGAAAUGGGUCUGCAAUUCAUGCAAGAAAUGCUGGAGUUAACAAAAUUGCAAUCUUUAAAUCAACUGGCGCAACUACAGGCCGUUGCGUACACUGUUGAUGACAAAGGCAGUGAGUGGACAGCAUUAAUGGCCGGUCCAUCCCAUUUUAGUCCUGAACUAACCGAAGACGAAUUUGUCGAAAGUGAAAUUAUACUUGCCGAACCAUCGAGGGCUUGUGAGGAUCAUCUUGUGAAUGCAGAAAAGGUUCAAAAUAAAAUACUUGUGGCCGAACGUGGCGAUUGUACAUUUGUCAGCAAGGCUCGAUUGGCUCAAAAAGCCGGCGCAUUAGCUUUAAUCGUCUGUGAUAAUGUACCCGGGUCUUCGGGAGAAACGCAACCCAUGUUUGCAAUGUCUGGUGAUGGCAUCAACGACGUUACCAUUCCCGUAGUAUUUAUGUACUCGCAAGAAUUCGCCAAGCUAUCGACUGUGAUGCUGCGUAAACCACAUUUGAGAGUGCGUAUUAUGCAAAUGAUUGAGUUCAAACGAUGGCAACUAGCCAAAGAGGCUAAAGCGAACGAAACCACAACCGAAACAUCGUCCUCCACAUCGUCCUCCACAUCGUCCUCCACAUCGACAAAAACGGCCAAGAAAACCAAGCCGGAAAAAGAAUUGUAG